CUUCCUUCCCUGUUUCCCUUGGGUUCAUUAUGAAAAUCAGCCAAAAGAUCCAGCAGUCGGCCAAGGACGACAAAGUCUGGUGGUCCUUUGAGUACUUCCCUCCCCGGACUGCUCAGGGACUGCAGAACUUGCUGGAUCGGAUAGAGCGCAUGCGCGGGCUGGGUCCAGAAUUCAUAGAUAUAACAUGGAAUGCGGGGGGAAGGACGUCCGAUCUUACGUCGGAGAUGGUCAAGACCUGCCAGGGCCUCAUCGGCAUCGAGACAUGCAUGCAUCUGACGUGCACGAACAUGCCGAAGGAGAAGGUGGACAUCGCGCUUAAGGACGCUAAAGCGCACGGCUGCCGUAACAUCUUGGCUCUGCGGGGCGACCCACCAGCUGGCAAGGACGAGUGGGAGGCCACCGAAGGCGGCUUCGUCCACGGCAUUGACCUCGUGCGCCACAUCCGCCGCGAGUACGGCGACUACUUCGACAUCGCUGUCCCUGGCUUCCCCCAGCACAUGACGCUGCCGAAGGAGGAGCGCGACCAGGAGAUGAAGUGGCUCAAGGAGAAGAUUGAUGCCGGCGUCAACUUCAUCUUCACUCAGAUGUUCUACGACGUGCAGAUCUUCAUCGACUGGGUUCGCGAGGUUCGCGCAGCCGGCAUCACUAUCCCUAUCGUUCCUGGCAUCGCUCCCAUCCAGACAUGGAACGGCUUCCUGCGCGCCACCAGCCUCGCGAAGACGAUCAUUCCCCAGCACUUCAUGGACGCACUAGAGCCUGUGAAGAAUGACGAUGAGAAGGUCCGCGCCACUGGCACAAAGCUUGUCGCCGAGAUGUGCAGGCGGAUUCUUUCAGAGGAUAUCGGUAUUCGUGGCCUUCACUUCUACACCAUGAACCUCGAGAAGGCGACGCGCAUGCUCCUUGAGGAGCUGCAGCUCGUCCCGAGGGUAGAGACAAUCAAGCCCUUGCCGUGGAGACAAUGUCUUACCCCAAGCCGCCGUCAAGAGAGCAUCCGCCCUAUCUUCUGGGCCAACCGCACGAAGUCCUACAUCUCCCGUACCGAGAACUGGGACGAGUACCCCAACGGUCGAUUCGGUGACUCGCGUAGUCCUGCUUACGGUGAACUCGACGGCUACGGAGUGUCAUUGCACCAGAGCAUGGAAGACGCGCACCGACUGUGGGGCGAGCCCCAGACGGUCGAGGACAUCUGCAAGCUCUUCGCGAAGCGGUGUCGGGGCGAGGUCAAGGCCUUGCCGUGGUCUGAACAGGAGCUCAGCGCGGAGACGACGACCAUUUCCGAGCAGCUCGCGCGUAUGAACGAGCUCGGCUUCCUCACCAUCAACUCACAGCCCGCCGUCAACGGUGCGCGCAGCGACGACCGCGUCUUUGGCUGGGGCCCCAGCAAUGGCUAUGUCUAUCAGAAGGCCUACCUCGAGUUCUUCGUCAGCCCGACGCUCCUGUCCCUACUUCUCACGUACAUCGAGCAAGACAGCAACAUCACGUACUACGUGAUCAACAAGAACGGCGACCUGCGCACGAACACGCGCUCGGAUGGGCCGAAUGCUGUCACCUGGGGAGUGUUCCCUGGAAAGGAGAUCGUCCAGCCGACCAUCGUUGAGGCUGUGAGCUUCAUGGCGUGGAAGGACGAAGCCUACGAGCUCGGUUCGCAAUGGGCGAAGGUCUACGGCCCCGACUCGCCCUCCUAUAAGCUCAUCUCCGAGAUCAUGGACACCUGGUACCUCGUCAACGUCGUGCACAACGACUUCAAGGACCGCGACGCUAUCUUCCAGCCGUUCUUCAAGGCCGGCGAGGAGUACGCGGCCAAGGCGAAGGCCAACGGCGUUAACGGUAGCGCGCACUAGAGCGUUUCCGAAACGCGCGCCAGAGGGGUCGCCAUACCGCCAUGACCAACUUCAGACCGUAUGAACGGCCACGACCCGCCAUGAGCGGUCACAGAACCCCCAUCCUCACCCUACUCAUCUCCUAGUACUCUGACCUCAAACCCGGCUCUUGUAUUAUAC